UCCUGGUCUCAGCGAAUUCGAGGGAUUCCCACCACGAUCCUCGUCAUUCUCCCCAUCACCACCAUCUGCCUGAUCCCCUGGGUUUCCCCCGACACGCGCACCCUAUGGCUGAUGUGGGGAUAUGGCUUUCACACCGGAUUGUGCAUUACAGCAGGCUACCACCGUCUCUGGAGCCACCGUGCUUACCGCGCCACCGUCUUCCUGCGUCUCUACCUCGCCAUCUUUGGCGCCGGCGCUCUCCAAGGCCCGAUCCUGUGGUGGGCGCGCGAGCACCGCGCCCACCACCGCUACACCGACACCGUGCUGGACCCCUACAGCAUCCGCGAGGGCCUGUUCCACUCGCAUAUGGGGUGGAUGCUCCUGCGGCCACCACCAGCACCAGCAGCAGCAGCAGCAGCAGCAGCAGCAGCAGCAGCACCACGGCGCAAACACAUCGACCUCUCCGACUUGACCGCUGAUCCGAUCGUGCGCUGGCAAGCGCGCCACUUCCGCUGGCUCGCCCCGCUGAUGGGUUGGAUCCUGCCGGCGGUGGUCGCGGGGAUCUGCUUCGAUGACUGGAAAGGCGGCUGUGUCUACGCAGCGUUGGGCAAAAUGGUGCUUGUGCACCAGAGCACCUUCUGCAUCAAUUCAUUGGCCCACUGGCUGGGCGACCAGCCCUACGACGACCGCGCUUCCCCGCGCGACAGUCUUCUGGCCGCCGUGCUGACUCUCGGGGAAGGGUAUCAUAAUUUCCACCAUACCUUUCCCCGGGACUACCGCAACGGGGUCAGAUGGUAUCACUGGGACUGCACGAAGUGGGUGAUUGCCGGGUGGGAGUGGAUAGGCUGGGCGGAUGAGCUGCGGCGCGUGGCGGAUGUGGAUGUCGAGCGGGCCAGGGUCCAGGAAUUGCAGAAAGGGUUGGCGAGGCGGCUGGCGGUGUUGCCUAGGGUUAUUGAUGUGGAGGAUCUGUGGGUGAUUGAUUGGGAGGAUUACCAGCGCAUGGUGCGCCCGGAUGAAGCCGGAAACCGCAGAGCGCUGCUCGCGGUGGACGGCGUCGUUCACGAUUUGACGCACUUUGUGCACCAGCAUCCCGGCGGCAGUCGGUUAUUGCGCUCGUUUGUCGGCAAGGAUGCUUCUGUAGUGUUCCAUGGGGAGAGCAUCUAUCGCCAUUCGAAGAUCGCGAGGAAUAUUCUGGCCUCGUCGAGGGUUGCUGUGCUGGCUGGAGGGUGGGAGGUG